AUGGGAAGCAGAUUAGGAAGAAGAGUCGUGAGCUUUGCCAACCUACCCAUAAAGCUUCUCAUGCCCUCAACUUUUUCCAAUAUUACCGAAAUUGCCCUCAAGACCAUCCCAUCCGCUUCGAAGAUAGAGAUUAGGAGGGUUCUGGAGUCGCUGUACGGAUUCGAGGUGGAGAGGGUCCACACUCUCAACAUGGAGGGGAAGAAGAAGAAGCGUGGCGGGCUGUUGCUCGCGAGGCCGGAUUACAAGAAAGCUUACGUGACGCUGAGAAACCCUCUUUCGCUAAACCCUGAUCUUUUCCCUAUUAGGGUAAUCGAGGAGGAGAAGAAGAACAUGAGCAAGCAGGCGAAGUCGAGCAUCGUGGAGGAUCCGGAGACCGUGAGGAGCUCCCACUGGCUCGACGAGAAAAGGGACGGCGGCAGGUUUAAGUCCGGCGAGCAGCGUAGCUUUGGUGGGCGGACGAGGGGUCGAGGGGAGAAGGUUGACUCCAAACCGGUUGCCAAGUUUCCGUGGAGCAGCAUGACCUCUAUAGGGAGGUAA